AUAAUGAUUAAAUCAUUCAUUGUAAUGGUCUGUAUUGUAUUAUGUAAGAUAAAGUUCUGCAAUUGCAUCAAAAUUGAUACUCAAAAUGCAAGGUAACGAUCGUAAACACCUCCCAAGAAAUGGCUGUUUCUUGAGCUCAGACAUCAGGGAAGAGUCUAUGGAGACUUUGGACCAACCUGGCAUGCAACUGAAGUUGGUGUUGAUUUUCUUCAGACAUGGUGCCAGAACUCCGAUUAGGAUAACACCGGGAAUUGAAGAAGCAAAUUGGGACAAAGAAAUGUGUGUGGAAGAAGAUCAUCAUAAAGUAGAGUAUGACAUAUUCUCUUUGGACGGCAAAUCUGGACCUCAUCACUCCCCGAUUGAACAAUCAUAUCAAGCAAACGCAUUUAAAGGUGGAGCUACAAGAGGACAGCUGACGGUGUUAGGAAUGAACCAAAGUUAUGAACUUGGAACAUACUUCAAGAAACACUACAUUGAGAAAUGUAACUUCUUAUCUCCAGAGUUCAGUAGCAAUGAAUUAUUUAUGCGCUCAACCAACAUCAACAGGAAUAUAAAGUCCCUUUCCUGUGUUUUAGGUGGCCUUUAUGGAGACAGCCUCAGCACCAAGCAGAAUGAGUCACCAAGGAUUCAUGUGGAUCAUUCCUCAACAGAAAUCCUUUAUCCAAAUUAUCAACAUUCCAAACCACUCAUGGACAACUUCUUCAAGACGGUUAAGAACACUGAUGUUGUUCCUGGUGUACGACAUGUCCGAUUGCAAAUACAGGAACUUCUAGAGCAGAAUGAGGAUGUCCAUUUAGAUUUAGUGUCAGUGAGAGACGGAAUAAGUGCUAGAAAGGUUCAUGAUGUUCCAUUGUCGGCAGUUCUAGAACCAUUGGCUAGUGUAAUAGAAAAAGCAGCAGUUGGUAUCACGUGUCACAGUCUAGGCAAAGGUACAGACACUCUACAGUAUGCAAUUGGACCACUUCUACAGCUGAUAUUAAGUAAUAUAGAGAGAGUCACUUCAAAAACAUGUGAAGACAAGAUGCACCUGUAUGCCGUCCAUGAUACAACAUUGAUCCCACUUCUUAUUGCAGUUGGUAUCUUUGAAGAUGCCUGGCCUGGAUUCUGUUCUGAUGUAAUUAUUGAGACGUAUCAAGAUCAGAAUGGAGAUUGCUUCAUAAGGAUCUUGUAUCUUGGAAAGGAGAAGAAGUUGGGGCCAAACAACAACACUCUCCUUCCCAUGCAGGAGUUCAAGGAUUUGCUGUCUCCUUGUCUUAUAAAUAAAGAAGAGUUUGAGAAAUCUCUGAUUAAUGUUGAGACAUUUUGAUGAGUGUUCCAGCCUCAGAGGGGGAGACUCCUUGUCAUAUGUUAAUGAGACCAGUAACUAUACCUUGACAACUGGCUCUGUACUCAGCAUAGAAAGCCUGCCAUCAUUAACACUUAUACGUCACAGAUUGAUUCAACUUGGCAUCAUUGUUACAUCAUGAAAUUAUACUCGGCAAUGUUUAAGAUGUUAGGAGGAUACACUGAAGGUAAUUGACUCUGAAUGAUCAUUAAAGAAGUUAUGACUGCCAAACUUGGUUUAAGAUUCCAUCU